AUGGGCGAUAGUCUCUGGGAAGAAGGAGAAGAGGAUGAUCUGGGGCUGAGUGUGGUCGACUGCGUCGUGUGUGGCGCUUCAAUCCCACAUUUUGCCCAGUUGGCGCAUGCAAUGUUCUCUCGGGGCGUCCUGCCCCUUCUCGGUGCAGUCUCCGCACUGUUUCUGCAAACCCAAGCGCGAUCACAAGCCGCCGAAGCUAUUCGCCAUGUUACGCCCGUCGACAAUCCCAUCAUCCGCACUCCAUCACAUCAAGUCGACCACCUCUCCCACUUCGACAUCACCUUUAACCUCCACCGCGACGGCCGCCGGAUAAAACUGGAACUUGAGCCCAACCACGAUAUCCUGGCAGAGGAUGCAUUCGUGCAGUAUCUCGGCGUCGACGGAACCUUGAGAGAUGGCGAGCCCAUCAAGCGACACGAACACAGGGUCUUCAAAGGCCGGGCUCUGGUGGGAUCGGGCAAGGAACGAUGGACGCCCGUGGGUUGGGCCCGAGUCACCAUCAAAAGAGAUGGGCCGGACCCGUUGUUUGAGGGUGCGUUCAGCGUCAAUCACGACAAGCACCACAUCGAAUUGCAGUCGACCUACUUGGACAAGAAGCGCCCGAUCGAUGCUGCGAUCAAAUCCCGCGAGGGCGAGUACAUGCUCGUCUAUCGGGACUCCGACAUGAUCCGAUAUGAGCACCCUGAUCUUAAGAAGCGAUCCCUGCCCGAGUCCUCCGGUUGCCAGUCACACCAACUCGGGUGGAACGCCGACCUGAGAAAUUCGAUCUUUCCGAUGGGAUUGGACGAAGCCGAGGGUCGAUUGGGAUUCACCCCGCUGAACUCGCUGUUUGGCCUGAGCAAGCGGAACGAUAUCGGUGGAGUCUCGGGCAACACAGGUGGCGUGAACCUGAAGUCGACUAUUGGCGAUUCGAGCGGAUGUCCCAAGACCAAGAAGGUUGCGUUGGUUGGCGUGGCCACGGACUGUAAAUUCACCGACUCGUUCAAGGCGACCAAUUCUACCCCCAAGGAGGCAGCUCGAGACUGGAUCAUCAACCUGGUGAACACGGCCUCGAGUGUCUACGAAGACGCGUUUAACGUGUCUAUCGGCCUGCGCAAUCUUACUGUCAGCGAGACGGGUUGCCCGUCUACCGCUUCUUCCACAACCCCGUGGAACGUUGACUGCAAUAAAGGCAACAUUACUUGGCGGCUGAACGAGUUCUCAAAGUGGCGCGCCUCUAACAAAGACAACAACGCUUACUGGACGCUUAUGACUGACUGCCCCACGGACCAAGAGGUGGGUGUCUCAUGGAUGGGUCGGCUGUGCACUUCGGAUCUCGUUAGCGAUGGAGACAACUCGGUCACCGGUGCCAAUGUGGUGGUGCGCAGCCCGGGGUCCUCGUGGCAGAUCUUUGCUCACGAGUCGGGUCAUACCUUCGGAGCGGUGCAUGACUGCGACGAACAGACCUGCAACCAAGGACUGGCAGAAUCAUCCCAAUGCUGCCAGUUGAGUUCAUCGACCUGCGACGCCAGCGCCAAGUACAUCAUGAACCCAUACUCCAAACCUGACAUGAAGAAAUUUUCGCCGUGCACUAUCGGCAAUAUCUGCUCAGCUAUCGGCCGCAACAGCAUCAAGUCCACUUGUUUGUCUGACAACCGCGGCGUUACCACUAUUAGUGGCAGCCAGUGUGGCAAUGGCAUUGUGGAAUCCGGCGAGGACUGCGACUGCGGCGGCGAAGAAGGCUGUGGCGACAACAGCUGCUGCGACGCCAAGACCUGCAAGUUCAAGGGCGAUGCCAAGUGCGAUGACUCCAACGACAGCUGCUGCGACAAGUGCCAGUUCGCCUCGGCCGGUACCGUGUGCCGCCCCAGCACUGGCGAGUGUGACAGCGCUGAGAAAUGCCCGGGUGACUCAAGUUCCUGCCCGGACGACAAGUUUAAGAAAGACGGCACUUCGUGCGGCGACUCGAAGGCGGGCCUGAGCUGCGCCAGCGGUCAAUGCACCAGCCGCGACUACCAGUGCCGCACGGUACUGGGCAGUCUACUGAACAGCAACGACACCUGGGCCUGCGAGCACACCAACACGCCAUCGUGCACACUGGUCUGCGGCGCCCCCGAGGUCGCCCACCAGUUCGGCACCACCACCUGCAUGAAAAUGAACCAGAAUUUCUUGGACGGCACGCCCUGCGAGUCCGGCGGCCGCUGCAGCUCCGGCCAGUGCAAUGGCUCGUCCGUCGGCGGCUGGAUCCGCGAGCACAAGAACAUCGUCAUUGGAAUCUGUGUCGGUGUCGGCAGUCUGAUUGUUUUGGCCUUGCUGUACUGCAUCAUCAGUCGCUGCCGCAUGGCCAUGAUCCGUCGCAAGAUGCCCAAGCCCCCUCCCUACCGCCCUGUCCCGAUUCCGCCGAGUGGUCGUCCCGGCAUGGCUCAAUGGCCUGGCUAUCCCAAUAGUGGGUAUCAAAAUAUGCCCCCGCCACCGCCGCCGCGAUACGGGUGA